AGUGGAGAGGGGUAUAUAAAGGGCACGCGAGUGAGGCUGAUCUUCCAUUCACUCCACCAACCACUGAACCAACUCCACCUCCUCAACCCCUUCACGACCUACCAAUCUCCCCUCCUCCUCAUACCUCUCACGACCAUGACUCGCACCGCCCGCUCCGCCUCUCUCCGCUCCGUGCUCAAAGACCGCUCUGAAAACAAGACUGGUGUCUCUGGAGCUCUGCGCAAGAACGGCGGUGGCGCGCACAACUGGGGCAGUCUCGAGAACGAGCGCGAUCUUGAAUUCGCCGGAAUGGACGACGGCCAUGCCGAACUCGAGGAAUUCCACCGCGAAGUCAGCGAGGACAGCGCCAGCUCCCUUGGUGAUGACGACAGCUUGAGCAGCUCUGACGAAGUCGCCCCCAAGAAGCCCCACUCUCUCCCCCAUGGCCACUGA